AAUACUGAAAAAAAGAGAAAAAAAGAAAAAGUAGAGGGGUUUUAAUAAAGCUCAGUGUUUGUCCUUUGUUUUUGCAACGGUAAGUAGUACUCUGCGUCAGUUUCUUGCUUCGUGUUCUUCUUCCAAAUUUUUCUCUCUGAAUAAACAAAAAGCCCAAAAACCUCUGGGCUUUUUCAAACCUUCAUUCUUUGCAAUGAACGCCCCAAUAAUAGACCCUUUGCAAGGGGAUUUUCCGGAAGUCAUAGAGGAGUAUUUGGAGCAUGGAGUCAUGAAGUGCAUUGCCUUCAAUCGCCGUGGAACCCUACUUGCUGCUGGGUGCUCUGAUGGAAGUUGCAUUAUAUGGGAUUUUGAAACCAGGGGCAUUGCCAAGGAGCUCCGGGAUAAAGAUUGUAUUGUUGCAAUAACUAGUGUGUGUUGGUCAAAAUAUGGUCAUCGCAUUCUUGUAUCUGCUGCUGACAGGUCGUUAACUCUAUGGGAUGUUGUGAAAGGUGAGAAGAUAACUCGAACAACUUUGCCGCAGACCCCACUUCAAGCUCGCUUACAUCCUGGUUCUUCUACUCCAUCUCUCUGUUUGGCAUGCCCCCUCUCAUCUGCACCGAUGAUUGUUGACUUGAAGACAGGAAGCACAACUGUACUUCCAGUUUCUGUUUCUGACAAUGGUAACGGAGCUGCACCUCCAUCGCGGAGCAAGUUCUCAGAUGGAGGUCCUUCAUUUACUCCUACGGCUGCUUGUUUUAACAAGUAUGGAGAUGUUGUAUAUGUAGGGAACUCCAAGGGGGAAAUACUUCUAGUAGAUUACAAGAAUACCCAAGUGCGAGCCAUGAUUCCUAUUUCUGGUGGUGCUGUAAUCAAGAACAUUGUAUUCAGCAGGAAUGGUCAGUAUCUACUUACAAAUUCAAAUGAUAGAACGAUCAGAAUCUAUGAAAACCUUCUGCCGCUAAAAGACGGACUUAAAACUAUUGAUGACAUAAAUGAGAACCUUGAUGGUCUAGAUGCUGUUGAAAAGUUAAAAGCAGUUGGAUCAAAGUGCUUAACUCUUUUCCGGGAGUUUCAAGAUUCCAUAACAAAGAUGCAUUGGAAAGCACCUUGUUUCAGCGGUGACGGUGAAUGGGUAAUUAGUGGUUCUGCAAGCAAAGGAGAGCACAAAAUUUACAUAUGGGAUAGGGCUGGACACCUUGUGAAGAUCCUUGAAGGACCAAAGGAAGCCUUAAUUGACUUAGCAUGGCAUCCUGUUCACCCAAUUGUUGUCUCUGUUUCCUUGACUGGGUUGAUUUAUAUCUGGGCUAAAGAUUACACUGAGAACUGGAGUGCAUUUGCUCCUGAUUUUAAGGAGCUUGAGGAAAAUGAGGAGUAUGUAGAACGAGAAGAUGAAUUUGAUCUGAUUCCAGAAACUGAAAAGGUGAAAGAAUCUGAUGUCAAUGAAGAUGAUGAAGUUGACAUUGUCACGGUGGACAAAGAUUCAGCUUUCAGUGAUUCAGAUAUGUCCCAGGAUGAACUUUGCUUUUUGCCAGCAAUUCCUUCUCCCGAUGUUCCAGAGCCAACAGAGAAGUGCAUAGAGAGUUUAUCGAAGUUAGUGGACAGUAAUAAUUCUGGAUCCCCUCUUUCAGAAGAAGGUGAACCAAAUGGAAGAGCACUGAAUCAUGCAUCAAGUCCACUUGAAGAGGAUGCAGGAGGCACGCGUGUGAAGAGGAAACGAAAGCCUUCAGAGAAGGGGUUGGAGUUGCAGGCAGAGAAAGUAAGAAAGCCUUUGAAAUCUUCUGGCAGGACUUCAAAAUUUAAGAAUAAAUCUGUGGUUGAUCAGGAUACUAGUAAUGGUAUAUAUGGAGAUGAUGUCUCAGAUGACGAUCAUUAGAUUAAAAUUCUUGUAUAAUUUUGUUUUUGUAUUAUUGGAAUUUAUAUAUUUAACUGUAUGAUUAAGAGACUAGUCGUCUUUUACAUUAAAAGGUGCACGCUUGGAAUUAAGAUUUCAUAAAGUUAACAAAUUUUUAAAUUAUAGAGAAGAAGAGAUUGACAUC